AUGGCUUUCAAUUUAUCUCUAGUUCUAGCAAUAAUUUCCGCAACAAUUUUGAUCGCGAAUGCUGCAGAUCCAGACAUUUUAUCUGAUUUCAUAGUCCCCAAUGGAGUCACCCCAGAUGCCAACUUCUUCACCUUCAAAGGUCUGAAACAAUCUCUCUGGGGUUCCCCCAAUAAUGCAACCUUUAAAGUAACGAAAGCUAGCCAAAUUGAAUUCCCGGCUUUAACAGGCCUAAGUGUGUCCUAUGCUUCACUUCAAUUUGCCUGUGAUGGCAUAAACCCCCCUCAUACUCACCCUCGCUCUGCUGAGCUCUUGCUCGUCAUCCAAGGACAGCUUGAGGUUGGUUUAGUCGACUCUAGCAACAAGCUUUUUGUUCAAGUUCUUGAGACCGGUGACAUGUUUGUGUUUCCAAAGGGUUUAGUGCACUUCCAGGUGAACAAAGGCAAGUAUCCUGCUGUCGCUCUAUCGGCAUUUGGAAGUGCUAAUGCCGGUACUGUUUCUGUGAACAAAGGCAAGUAUCCUGCUGUCGCUCUAUCGGCAUUUGGAAGUGCUAAUGCCGGUACUGUUUCUCUUCCCAAUACAUUGUUUGGAAGUGGGAUCGACAGUGAGGUGCUGGCUAAGUCAUUCAAGACUGAUGUUCAAACCAUUGGGAAGAUUGUUUCGGGUGUUACCUCAAAUUGAGAUGGUUCUGAGGUCUGUGGAGUUAUUUGUUUGUGUCAGUUAUGUUUGUUGUGUGUUUGAUUGAUUGCAUCGGUGUCGCACAGUUUGUUUAAUGUUUCUCAUUGUUUGUUCUUUGCUAAUCUUGUUUAAGAUUAUAAUGUAUCAUAAGGUUGCUUCUGAUGUUAACC